ACAUAAAUAAAACCAAAAAAGGCCAUCUGCAUCAACUCUCUCAUCUCAUUUCUAAUUAACAACAAUACCAAUACAAUAAUAAUUAUAAUAAUAAUAAUAAUAAUAGAAUAAAGAAGGUGGUGUUGGAUCUAGAUCUUCUUCUGUAAUGCUUUUCUUACUAUAAACAAAACAUGGGGUUCCACCCUUUACAAUCCCAAAACAGAUCACUUGUUCUUUUCUCCCAGAAAUGCCUGCCAUUCUAAGCUAUCUCAACUUCUUAAACUUUCUUCUUCUUCUUCUUUCUUCUGGUUUUGUUUACUCCAUUGAUGAACAAGGCCAAGCUCUUCUCACAUGGAAGAACAGCUUAUCAAACACUUCCACCACCUCAGACUCUCUAAGCUCAUGGAACUCUGUAGACUCAACACCAUGCAACAACUGGUUUGGUGUCCACUGCAACUCCAAUGGCCAUGUGAUUGAGAUUAGCUUAAAAUCAAUAGAUUUGCAAGGAUCAUCAUUGCCUUCAAAUCUUCAACCCCUCAAGUUCUUGAAAACCCUUGUCUUUUCUUCCACCAAUCUUACUGGAACUAUCCCAAAAGAGUUUGGAGAUUACACUGAGCUGGCUUUUCUUGAUGUCAGUGACAAUUUUCUCUCUGGGGAGAUUCCUGUUGAGCUAUGCAGGCUAAGGAAGUUGCAGACUUUGUAUCUUAACACAAAUUUUCUCGAAGGAGAGAUUCCUUCUGGUAUUGGUAAUCUCUCUAAUCUUGUCUCUUUAACACUCUAUGACAAUCAGUUGAGUGGAGAGAUUCCCAAGAGUAUUGGGGCUCUUACCAAGCUUGAAGUUUUCAGAGGUGGAGGGAACAAGAAUAUCAAAGGUGAGCUGCCAUGGGAGAUUGGAAACUGCACCAACUUGGUCAUGUUAGGCCUAGCAGAGACCAGCAUUUCAGGGAAUUUACCUUCCUCAAUUGGAAUGCUGCAAAGGGUUCAAACCAUAGCUCUCUACACUUCUCUACUUACAGGUCCAAUUCCUGAUGAGAUUGGAAACUGCAGUGAGUUGCAGAACCUCUACUUGUACCAGAACUCAAUCUCAGGUCCAGUCCCAAAGGGAAUUGGGAAACUCACAAAGCUUGAGAGUCUCCUUCUAUGGCAGAACAACUUGGUGGGGACAAUCCCAGAUGAGUUGGGGAAUUGCAAAAAGCUUAUUGUCAUGGACUUUUCGGAGAAUCUUCUCAGUGGCUCCAUACCAGUAGCUUUUGGUAAGCUUUCAAAUCUUGAAGAGCUUCAAUUGAGUGUCAACAAGUUAUCAGGUGCUUUACCAGAUGAAAUCUCAAACUGCACUGCUCUGACUCAUCUUGAAGUUGACAACAAUGACAUCUCAGGAGAGAUUCCUUCUCUUAUUGGAAACUUAAAGAGCUUGACUUUAUUCUUUGCAUGGAAAAACAAGCUCACUGGUAUUAUCCCUGAGAGUCUAGCUGAUUGUGUGGAGCUUCAAGCACUUGAUUUGUCAUACAACAACUUGUUUGGUUCAAUACCAAAACAGAUGUUUGGAUUGAGAAAUCUCACUAAGUUGCUUCUACUUGCCAAUGAUUUAUCUGGUUUGAUACCAACUGAUAUAGGCAACUGUACUAAUCUAUACAGAUUGAGAUUAAACCAGAACAGAAUUGGUGGUACUAUUCCUUCUGAGGUGGGAAAUUUGAAGAGCUUAAAUUUCGUUGAUUUGAGUGACAACCGUUUAGUUGGAGGAAUCCCACCAUCAAUAUCUGGUUGCAGAAGCCUUGAGUUUCUUGAUCUUCAUUCCAAUGGUUUAACUGGUUCAAUCCCAACUACUUUACCUAACACUCUUCAGUUUGUUGAUAUCUCUGAUAACAGUCUUAGUGGUCAACUCACCCUUGGUGAGUUGACCGAGUUGACAAAGCUCAACCUUGGAACAAACCAACUUUCCGGGAAAAUCCCAUCUGAGAUUCUCUCUUGUACUAAGCUUCAAAUGCUUGACCUUUCCAACAAUGGCUUCUCCGACGAGAUACCAAGCCAGCUUGGCCUAAUCCCAUCGCUUGAAAUCUCACUCAACUUGAGCUCAAACCAACUCUCCGGCAAAAUCCCACCUCAAUUCUCCAACCUCGACAAGCUCGGAAUCCUUGACCUCUCUCACAACCACCUCUCCGGCGACUUAAUACCACUCACAAACCUCCAAAACCUCGUCAGUCUCAACGUCUCAUUCAACGAAUUCUCCGGCCAAUUACCCAACACCCCAUUUUUCAAAAACCUUCCUUUAAGCGACCUGGCUUCGAACAAAGGCCUCUACAUCGCCGGAGGCGUUGUAACACCGGCAGACGCCAUCGGAGCCGGAACCAGAUCGGCAAUGAAGCUCCUCAUGUUGAUUCUGAUCAGCGCCAGCGCCGUACUGGUCUUGCUCGCCGUGUACGUGCUCGUCCGUACACGCAUGGCGAACAGAGCUCUCAACGAAGAAGAUGGCAGCUGGGACAUGACUCUGUACCAGAAGCUCGACUUCUCCAUCGACGACAUCGUACGGAACCUCACGUCAUCCAACGUCAUAGGUACGGGAAGCUCGGGAGUGGUGUACAGGGUGAUGAUUCCCAGUGGAGAAACUCUAGCGGUGAAAAAGAUGUGGUCUUUGGAAGAGUCAGGGGCUUUUAGUUCUGAGAUCCGUACACUCGGUUCGAUAAGACAUAAGAACAUAAUACGGUUACUGGGUUUUGGUUCGAAUCGGAAUCUGAAGCUUUUGUUCUAUGACUAUCUUCCUAAUGGAAGCUUGAGCUCGAUGCUUCACGGAGCUGGUAAGGGAGUGGAGUGGGAAGCUAGAUACGAUGUCGUUUUGGGAGUUGGUCAUGCUCUUGCGUACUUACACCAUGAUUGUGUCCCUGCUAUUAUGCAUGGUGAUGUUAAGGCCAUGAACGUGUUAUUGGGUCCUUAUAAUGAGCCUUAUCUUGCUGAUUUUGGUUUGGCUCGAGUUGUGGUGGUGGAAGAAGAUAAUGGUGACCUCUCUAAACCAGCUCAAAGGCCUCAUCUUGCUGGCUCUUAUGGUUAUAUGGCUCCUGAACAUGCAUCAAUGCAGCGCAUAACAGAGAAGAGUGAUGUGUACAGUUUUGGAGUGGUUCUUUUAGAGAUUUUAACAGGAAGGCAUCCAUUGGACCCAACAUUACCAAACGGAGCUCAUUUGGUUCAAUGGGUUCGAGACCAUUUAGCUUGUAAGAGAGACCCUUCUGACAUUCUUGACCAAAAGCUGAGAGGGAGAGCUGACCCAACCAUGCACGAAAUGCUUCAGACAUUUGCUGUUUCAUUCCUAUGUCUCAGUUCUAGACCUGAUGAUCGUCCAACCAUGAAGGACAUUGUGGCCAUGCUCAUGGAGAUAAGACAUGUUGAGGACCCCUUGUUAAGGUCAGAAGCUGAGUUUUCAAAGAGAGGAUUGGCUUCAGUCCCUUCACCACCACCACCUCCUCCAACUAGGAACAUGAUUUCACAUGGUUCAUCUAAUUGUUCUUUUGCUUUCUCAGAUGAUUCUAUCUCAAAAUGAGGCUAUAUAUAUAUAUAUAUAUAUGUAUACUAUGUAUGUAUAUAUUAGUAUUAUUACAUAAAGAAAAGGUCCAUUAGAGCAAAAGGGGAUACUAUUAGAGGAAUUUGUGUGGUGAUUAUUCCCAUUUUUAUUUUUAUAUGUAGUUCUACAAUAUAUAUUGUGUUGUGGGUAAUGAAUCUAUUAAUUUGUAGUAAUAAGAUUUGAGUUUAGUAAAUUUACAAGAAAGUUGAGAACUUUAGAUUGAGAGAGAAAGAGGGAGAGAGAGAAAACUAUGUUGGGAACAGUGAUGAGUGAGAGAGACUCCAGGGGUAUGUAUGUAGAAGUUAGAGCAAUGAUUGGAACUUUUGUAUUUAUGUAAUUAGAAUUAUUCUAAGAUAACUGAUUCCUUCA